AUGAGCCUCAAUUCUACAUCGGCGCCGUCCUUCGUGGGUACCCCGCUCGAUGAGUCGCGGCCUCUGGCCUACGCCACCUGGAAGACGGACUUCUUGCCCCAAGCUACCAUCCGCGAUAUCAUGUGGUAUUUCACCAAGCCGAACCACGUUCCCUUUGAGAUCCGACGUGAGGCGCUCAAGAUCAGCAAGGAGUAUCUCGAAGUUGACGAGGUUGACAGCCCCGAUUUCUACUAUAUAGACCCCUCCUCGGAGACUGAUCGUGCGGCGCGUAUGGCAGACAUCAAGAUGCGCACGUCAGCCAUCUUGGCCAAAGCGAUGAACCGCGAGUCGCCCAAGGCUCUUUCCGCUCAGCGCUCUUUUGCGCACACCUUUUUGGUGUCCGGUAUCUCAACCAACCUCCGGUAUCUCUACCACACUACUACGUGUCCCUACGUGCUCUUUGAGCUGCUCACAUUUCGUUUCGAGUCGAAUGCCAUGAACAACAACCCCACCCUUACCGACGACAGUAGUUUCGACACCCUCGCCGAGGAACUCAACGACCUCGUAAAGCGUUAUCCUUCGUCUAUGACGCCGCCCACCUUCAAUCCUUUAGAUGCAUCUUCGAUCUCGUCGACUACGGCCACUACAUUUGGACCUAUCACACUCUGUGUGCCAUGUCCGUCGCAUUUAUUGCGGACAAGGACCUCUGGGAAGUCAUCAAGAACUAUGUUUCGACUGCCCGAGCUGCCGGUGCGCCUAUCGUUGUUGACGAUGUUUGGUCUGCCCUCCGCACUGUCCUCGACAAUCGUGCCCAACGUGCUUCUGCUCUGGGUCACCUCGGCUCUGCCGUCACUACCCCAGCUCGCACUCCGUACGCGGCCAUUACGCAUGCCGUUGCGACCCCACACCGCCGCCCCAGGCAUUCAGCCAGCCUGA